AUAUAAACUAUACCAACGGUUUUCAACUUUAAAUGGUAAUCUCUUGAAUCAGGAGGGCGGUGGAUUGGAGUCAAGUCCUACCCUUAUCAUCGAUUUAACAAAUCUAUCUGCCAGCCUAUAUUCAGUCUUCGAGAUUUUCAUCUCACAAGUCUCAAAAAUGAAGGUUCUCACUAACAUUUUUCUUUUAGUAAGCCUGGCCAUAGGCAUCAUUUUCAUGUCAACAUAUCAACCAGAAUAUUUCUAUGGACUAGAGUACGAUGUUCGUGUCAUCAAUGGGUUUAGAAACAACUCAUCACUGCCACUGGUCAUAUGGUGCUCAUCAAACAAUGAUGAUCUCGGCGGACGUGCCCUCCAGGAAGGUGAUGAUUUCAGUUGGAGCCUGAAGACCAGCUUCUGGGGCACUACUCAUUUCUUGUGCACCAUGAAGUGGGAUGCAAUGAGGAGGAAAUUUGAUGCCUUUAAGGUUCCAAGGGAUCUUCAGCGUUGCAGCCUUUUCAGGAAGUGCUCUUGGUCGGUGAGAGAGGAUGGGUUCUAUUUCAGCAAUGAUGAAGUAAACUGGAAGAAAGACUUCUCAUGGUUAUAAUUAUAUGUUUUCAUUUUCUGGGCAACAUGGCUUCUUUGCUGUUGCUAAAAUCAUUAAUCAUGUACUUUCGAGGAUUUGCAAAUCUAAAGAUGCAAUAGUCAUCAGCAUUUGGCAAUAUAUAUGUUAGCAAUAUUGCAGUAGUCAUGUUUAUUGCAGGAGAGUAUUAUUAAUAGAAAUUCUCAACUUUGUUUUU